AUGGGAGGGAAUAACUCUAGGGAAUUUUUUUUUUUUUUAGUUGAGCCAUUGGAAAUUAAUCGGGAAAUAGUAUUUCAAAUGUCAUUAUUCAAAAAGCGAAAUUUAGAUUUCUCUUGAAUUAGUAAUAUUUUAUAUGAUAACGUUUCGAAUAAAUAAUAUACGCAUCAUUUGCCUAUGAUUAAGAUUAUUUUUGAUAUUUAUUUUAAACAAUAAUAUAAUUGUUUCCUUAACUUGUUUGUUAAAGUGAUUGAAUCUUAUUAAUUCCCGAUGUUGCUGCAUAGUAUAAUAUUAUCGUUUCUAUAAAAAUUACAGGAAAUGCCUAAAAAAAUCACAAGUCACAUAACGAACAAUGUCUGUUUCAGUUUCUUUUUGUUUUUGUAUUUAUUUUUUCUCGAUCUUUGCAGCUGCUGUACACUUGCAUUAAAAUACAACAGAAAUUGAUCUGUAGGUUUCACCAGAUAUUCAGUACUUGCAGAAUUGUCACCUUACCGUUUGGUCCACCACUUCCGUUUCGUUCCUUUCCUUUCCUUUUUUUUUUUUUUUGUCACAGAUUAUUUUUAUGUACCAUUAGAUUCUAAAUAUUUAAAUUUGUUUUAUAUUUGAAACGUCAUUAUUUUCUCCAAAAUAUUAUCAUUUAGAUAUAAUUCAAGUAUAUAAUAAAUAAAAUAUUUUAUCAUAAAAGUGUCAAAAACAAAUAAAGAAUGAUAUAAAAAAAUUACAUCGAAUAGAUCAGUUAAACAUUUAUGUAAAUGUCGUAUUGAUUGUACUAUGAUAGAGUUAAUUCUUACCAUUGCCCGUAUAUUUUCUAUCAUUUUUUUAUUGCAACAUGAAAGUUUGUCAUUUCCUUCGUGAAAACAGAUGCGAAAUUCUUUGGAACACGAGUUCUAUUAUUAGAAUCUGCCAAUGUUGCUUGAUUCAAGAACAAAAACCUUUUCCCCUAUGUUGUCUGUUCUUUGAUAUGCAUCUAAACAGUCAUUUCUCCUUAAAUGUGUUAUCGCGACCGAAUAAAAUAUACUCACAAAUGGAUGGCACUGACAAAAACUCAAGAAUGAAGGGACAACGAUCGAUAGAAAUUUUUAUCGGAUCCGUACAUCUCGCUGUCAAUAAUUUUCAUAUAUAAAUGGUAUAUUUUUGAUAAAGCAUAUACUACAAACAAGGUUAACAAGGUACUAAUAUGUUAAGAUGUUGCAUUUCAUAUUAUUCGAUCAAUUUUUUUUUUGCACUUUUAAUCUUCAUUAACGAAUAUCUAGGCAGAUAAUCUUCGAGUAAUAAAUAAUUUUUUGCGACAAAUGGUAUCAAAUACGUCUGCCAAAACAGUAUACAUUUAUUAACCUUCAUACACGAUGUGUACUGUAUGACACGUUUUCUUUAAACCUUCGACUCAAUUUAACGUAACAAAAUCAAGGAAAUAUACUUAUAAAAGUCAUAAUCAGCAUUAUUAACAUUCAUUUUAUUGUUAAUAAAUUAUUAAUAAAUAAAAAUACAGAUAUAUAAUUAUGUUGAAAAAAAAGUUUAUUAAUAUAGAAUGUAAUUAGUGAUUUAAACUUAUAGAAUAAAAGAUAGUUUUUAAAUAGUAUAGAAGUGUUUUGUUAAUAUUUUGUAUUUGCUAAUAAGUUUAUUGUAAUAUCUUGUAUAUUUUAUGAGAAAAUUUAUAAAAUAUUUGUGUUAGGUAUUAUUUCAUUGUGUACUUUCUUAAAAACGAACAUUAUAUUUAGAAAUAUUUAUAUUUUCUUCUCUUAGAUAACAGUCUUCUUUAAUAUGCGUCAUUUAAAUUAUAUAUACCGUAUAAUUUACAGUAAUGUUUUUAUAUGAUGUAAGAAAUUUCUGACUAAUUGUUUUUCCCAAAUUGUAAUUGCCAUUGAAACUUAAUUUUAAUACAAAUAAAAGUGUUUGAUAUCAGAUGGAUAAUAAAUCUUAUUUGUCGUUUGUUAUUAAAAGCAUAUAUUUAGUAGAGUUAUUCUAAUAAAAUACAGAAGUUUCUAACAUACUGUGGUAUAAUUUUCCUAUAUCCUAUGAUAUUAAAUAUUUGUGUAAUAUUUAAAAUUCUCCAUUGAAAAUGAUUGAAGAAAUUAAUAUUUACUUUCAGUAUUCAAAUUACCUUUUUCAAUAUUAUUUAUCUUAAGAUUAUUACCUUUUACAUAAUGAUGACUUAUCUUUUACAUAAUCAUCUUCAUAUUGUGUAAACUUAUUAUUUUAUAUGUUUUGUCAUAACUUAUAGAUUCUCAAAAACAAUAAAGAUGCCUCGAGUAAGGAGACAAGUGAUCUUGGAAGAUCCUGCCAGGCCCGUCACACCUGAUAUGGUAGAGACUAAAUUACGUAUGUAUCAAUUGCAAAUCAUUAUUUUUAAUUAAUUCAUCUAUAUAUUUUAUAUACACAUGAAUUACUUUUAGUAAAAACAGAGUUUUUGGACGAUGGGUCUUUAGAUGAAGUUCAAACACAAAAAGUAGCUGAAGAAACACCAAGUCCUCAUCUUCAAGAUCACCAAUAUGGGCAAACACCUUGUUAUCAAGUGACAAGAAAACCUACACAACCACCACCACGAACUGAACAAAUAUCAGUUCAGGCGGUGAAACGAAGACUGAAUUUGGAAAUGGGUACCACAGGUCCUAGCCAAUCUGCCUUUAAGGCUCCUAGAGGUAAACGUAGGAGAUCUGGAUCAAGUUCUCUAGCAGCUGGCCACACUCCUACAAAAAGUAAAGCAGUAGAGAGAACGCGAUAUGAUACAUCACUGAGCUUACUUACAAAAAAGUUCAUACACUUAGUCGAGAGCAGUCAGGACGGUGUUGUAGAUUUAAACGUAGCGUCUGAAAAGUUAGAAGUACAGAAACGUCGUAUAUACGACAUUACGAAUGUAUUGGAGGGCAUAGGUAUUUUGGAAAAGAAAAGCAAAAACAAUAUACAAUGGAAAGGUGGUCAAUUACCAAAUGACAAGAACGAUAUCGCUGAUCUCAGAAGGGAAGUAGCAGAUUUAGAAGCUAAGGAAAAUACUUUGGAUCGAUUGAUUCACGGCGCUGACAAAAAUCUUAGAGAGCUAUGCGCAGACCGACAAUACGCUUAUGUAACGUAUCAUGAUUUACGUUCUGUUCCAAUGUACAAAGACCAGGCUAUAAUGGCAGUGAAAGCUCCGCCAGAAGCCACACUUCAUGUUCCACAACCUAUCAAUAACCUUGGCCAACAAAAGCUGCAAAUGCACAUGAGGUCAUCUCAUGGUGAGAUAGAGGUAUUCCUGUGCCCUGAUGAUCCUACCGUGAAAACGUCUCCCAAUCCGGGUUAUACGACGACGCAACCUGUGCCUUCGUCAAAAGAAUCCGAAAUAUCUUGCCUGCCUCCUGAACUGUUAGCCAACGGAGAUAACAGCGUUCAGGUUGAACCAGUACCUUCUCUCGAGAGUUCGUUGAAUACACAUUCGGAUACACCGGUUAUAUCUACAGUUACUAGUUCAGCAGGCAUGAGAGACGCACUUUUGUGUGAAUCUGACGAUUAUGGACCAAUGGGUGGUGGCAAAUUCCAACUCCAAACGGAGGAUCAAAUUAGCACUUCAGAUCUAAGUAUUCUCGAUUUCGGUGAGCACCUGCUAUCUCUGGAACCACCUCUCUCCGAAAACGACUAUUCGUUCGCGUUAGGAACGGAGGAGGGACUUUCGGAUCUCUUUGAUUUCAAAUUUUAAAGGGUAUCGUCCUUAUUCGUCGUCGUUGUGACACAGCACACACAGAAACCCAGAGACACCGCUGUCUUUUUUUUUUUUUUUUUUU